AUGCAGGGGAAGGGGCGGGAUCGCAUCGGCGGCAGCACCACCCACAUGGAUGGGAUGGGGUCUUUCACGGCGAUCGGCGGCCUCAAGGCUGGAGAGAAGAGUGUUACGGCCUUCGAGUCGGAGGACUGUGCCACCGCCCUGGCUGUCGCUAAGUUCAAGGCCUUCGCGAAGCCCGGAGGGUCGAGCUACGUGGUGAACGACCGCAUCGAUGACGACGCCACCCUCCGCAACCGACUCCACCGGGCCGGCGUCCGCUACCGAACCUUCCCGAUCCGCGAGGGAGAGGCCUACCUAGUCCCCUCGGGCUGCCUCCACGAGUUCAUGAACGUGAUUCCUUGCCUCAGCGUGGCGUGGAACAUCAUGCCCCACCCGGCCAACUGCGAGGUGGCGAUGCGGAUGGCGGAGGCCAGCGCCGAGGAGGCCCAGGCGGAGCUCGGCGUGAACACCGACAGGUCCGCGAGCGCCAUCGAGCACGCUCCCCCGGAGAGCAUGCGGGAGCGCCACGCGGCGUGGGUGAUCAAGACCGCCCUUGAGCGGGGGAUCCUCUUGCGCCGCCGGUGGGCCUCCGACCCCGGCUCCGCCGGUAGCAGCGGGGGUGGUCGCGUGUGCGGUCCUAGCCGUCCGCCCACCGCGGAGUCGAACAAGGCGGCGGCGGAGGCGGCCGCGAGGCACAAACUCCCCGCCGACAUGUGGAAGAAGUUCCUAUUCAUGCGGCCGAGCGAACACUACUACGACGGGCACGUCGGUAGCGCUGCUUCGCAGAAGGUGGCGCCCAUACCGACGGCGGCUGCUGCUGCUGCUCGGGCAGCGCCGGGGGGCACCAGAGUGGCGAUAGCAGGCGCUCGAAGGCUGUCGGCGGGUGCCCGAGCGGCGGAGAAGACGACCGGCAGACGGACGGGCACGGAGAAGCCUCGGUAUUGGAGGGAGCCAAUCCGAUCGGGUGCGUCUGCCGUCCGGUCGUCGGCCGUGGUCGCUGAUGGUGGCAGCGGCAGCGGCGGCGGCGGUGGCGGCGAAGGUGCUGCCGCCAAGCGUAUAAAAAGGACUGUCCGAGCGAGCUCGUCGUCCUUUCGAUCCUCGGUCGUGGCACCCGGCACUGAUGGCGGCAGCGGCAGCGGCGGCGGCGACGGCGCUAUUGCCAAGCGCAUAAAAGGGACGGUCCGAGCGAGCUCGUCGUCUGGUACAUCCUCGGUCGUGGCACCCGGCACUGAAGGCGGCAGCGGCAGCGGCGGCGGCGACGGCGCUACAGUCACGGUUGUGAAGAAGCGAGGGCGGGGCAGGCCACGUAAGGUGAAGCCGGUACAAAAGGCGCAACCGGCGAAGGAGGAGGAGGCGGCGCAACUUCGUGUGGGUUCGACGUUAGACGACCCCUUAGUGGAGGAGGUGAGGGCGCGCGAAGAGACGGACAAGGUCGAGCGUCCGUUGAUAGGGGGGUCCGCGUCUGAAGACAAGCCGGCGCCGCCGGAUGCCGCGCCAACGCGCCCGGCAUCGGAGGCGGCCGCAUCGAUCGAGGACACGGCGGCGAGUGGAAAUUUGCGUGGCCAGGCGUCCGCGUCGGGAGACACGUCGGCGCCGCCGCGUCAGGUAGAAGAGGCGGCAUCACCGAAGGUCACCACGGCGGUUGGAAAGGCAGGAAAGGCUACUUGCCAGGUGGUAGGGGCAUCCCCGCCAAACGGCGGUGUCUCGGCGCCACCGUUAGAAGAGGAGGAGGAGACGUCGCGUCAGGUAGCACCGGCGGCCAUAUCGAAGGGCUUCUCGCCAAAGGCCAGGGUGCGCCGAAAGGGGGAUGGUUCAAAGCAGGGGGAUAAGCCAAAGACCCGGGUAGCCAAGGCAACCCCUUCAAAGCAUGUCUCGGCACUGCCGCAGGUCGCGGCGCCACGGUCGAGGGAGGAGAAGGAGACACCGCGUGAGCUAGUGCUCGAGGGCGCAUUGCCGCGGGCCAAGGUGUGUCAGAAGGAAGAUGAAGAUGAUCCAAAGCGGGCGGAUGACCAAGAGCACCGGGUAGCCGAGACACCCGGUUCAAUGGAUGUCUCGGCACCGCCAAAGGUCACUGCACCGCGACCGGAGGAGGAGGAGACGCCGCGUGAGGUAGUGCCCGAGCCCGCCUCGAAGGCCGCCUCGCCGACUCAAGGGGCCAGGGUGCGUCGAAAGGGGGAUAAUCCUAGGCGUCGGGUAGACGGCGUGUUCGUGUCAAAGAGUCUCUCGGCAACGCCGGGGGCGGCGGCGUCGCAGUCGGGGGAGGAGACGCCUCGUGAGGUAGCACCGGUGGCCGCAUCGUCGGUCACCUCGCCGGAGGCCAGGGUGCGCCGAAAGGGGGAUAACCCUAGGCGUCGGGUAGCAGAGGCGGCCGCGUCAAAGAACGUCACCUCUGUGCCGCCGGAACCAUCCUGUAAGCCGCACCUGGUCAGGACGCCCAAGUCCUCGGACACGGGCGCACCAUCAUCAUCAUCAUCGAGGCUGCCGGCGCCGAUGUCUCCGCUGCUCCCUGCGGCAGUCUCAUCGGCGAUGCCGGGACCAAGCUUUGAUCCUCGGGUAAGCACAGCGGGGGCUGCUGUGUCGGCGGUCGCGCCGCUGUAUCCGACCCUGCCUCUGGGCCACGACGAUAGAGUCUACCUGGACGUACCCAUGGCGAUGACGGCCUUCCCUGAGCUACCCUUCGCCGGUGACAUGGCACCCACCCCCCACCGGGCGUUUUACGGCACGAUGGGCUCCAUCGGGUUUACCGCGGAUAGCGCUCAGGCUCAUGGCCCGCUGGGGAGCUACGGGGGCACGUCCCCGCCGCCUCACGGGUUCCUCGGCCCGGAGCCGCCGCCGGCAGACGCUGUCGGGAGUUGCCACGAUCGCUCUGUUGCCCUAGCGGGGAUGAGCGGGAGUGGUGGUGGAGCCAGGUUUGACGGCGGUGGUGAUGGGGGCUGGUGUGGCGAACGUGGCGAUGGAGCCAGGAAUGAUGAAGGCGGUGAUGAUCGCGUCGGGUAUGAUGGCGGUGUUGCAGGUGGAGGCAGCUUUGGUGCCAGUGGCCAUAGCGCAAGCUUUAACGGCGGUGGUGAUGGAGCCAGAUUUGGCGCAGGUGGCCGUACCGGGAGACUUGGCGGGGACGCCAAUGACGUUGGCGACGUUGGCGACGGCUUCGGGAAGGCGGUCGGCGUGCGCGCAAACGUGCGCACCAUGGGCACCGGCACAGGGAGGGGCACCGUGGGCGGGCACGAUUCUGACGAGGCGAUCGGGGGGGGAGAGUCACCUCCGUUGACGCCGAUCAGACGCCGCAGGAGCAACGCCGGAGUACGAGGCGGACACCGGACCAGCGGCCGCGCCAGCAUGCCCGGUAGCGGUGCCAGAGACUCCCAAGUUGGCGACGACGGCGGUAGCGGCGCUUCUAUCCUUUCGAAUGCUCCUUCGCCCCCAGUGCGGGGGGAGCGAAAGCGCACCGGCGAAAACAAGAGGCCCGAGCGAAAGAGCUCCGACGGCGGCGGGAGGCCGGAGGUGGCUGCCGGCGGUGUCGGCACCGUUGCCGGCGGCAGCGCGAGCGUCUGUCCUGACGGGGCAGGGACCAGCCAUGGCAGAAGUGGUGGUGCCAACCAGUGCGCUGAUGACGCCGGGGACAGUAUAGGACGAGGCGGCGGUGGUGGCAGCGAGUGCGUCGACAAGCGCAGCGAAUCGAGUUCGAAUCACCGCGGCGGUAUCGGACUUGAAGAAGAAGACCAGGGGCAUGCCGGUGGCAAGCCAUCGCAGCCGCUCCCUCAGCCGCAUGAGGAGAGGCGUCACGGUGGGGGGUCGUCCGGCGGUGGCGGCGGCGACGACAGCGCACGUGCUACCAGCUCAAUGGGCGAUGAUCCCACGGGCGGUGGUUGGUGCGGAUGGGUCCCAAACAUCAUGAUCCCGAAGAAGACGGGUCGAGAGGCGCCGGUUCUCGGCCCUGCUGAUGGCGGGGGGGGGUCGUCGUUUUCAUCGCCGGGUAGCCGGGGUUCUGGUAGCGGCUGUGUCGGUGAUGUUGUCGGAGGAAACGGAGACGGGAAUCCACGACCGCGAUUUUUCGCGGAUAUGCUCAAGUCUCGCGCGAGUGUAAGGAGCGGCAGCGGCUCGAAAGGCAGCCCUCGACCCCGGGCAGAAGGCGAGCAGAGGGCGUCGCGGCCAAGCUCGAAAGGCGAAAAGCAGCGCGACGCUGGGAGCGCGGCCGCUACUUCGAAGCCGGACGCUUGUUCGCGGCAGGAGGCUUCUUCGGCCCCGCCCAACCACGACGGCAGCGCGAGGCAAACCCGUGCAGGAGGCGAUCCAAGGUCGAGCUCGAGAGGCGACGAACGCCGUGGUGGCGAUAACGCCGCCGGCCGUGCACGGCAGGACAGCCACCAUGGUCCGGGCCUCGGCCGCGCCAACCGUUCCUCCAGAUACGACGACGUGGGUAGUGCGCGACGGCGGCGGUCGUCUUCGGAAGGCGACAGCGGCCACAGGGGGUAUCGCCGGGACGAAAGCAGGGAUCGGCAGGGCAAUGUAGGCCGGGACCGGGGGAGGGGCCAGCGCCCGAGCGCGAGGCACGCAGACGAAAACCCCAGGCGGCCGCCUGAUUCUCGGGCGAACGCGGAGGAACGGCGUCAAGAAGCCGGACGCCAUCAGGCCCGACCGUCGGCAGCGGUCGCGGUCGUCGUCGCCACGGAGCCGCCGGAGGAGCCGAGACCGGGUCAGGCGGGCGUCUCGCUCUCGGUCUCGCGACUGCCGUCGUCCCGGACGUGGGUCGAGGUCGCGGGGCAGCUCGAAAAGGUCUUCCUGCAGCCCCCGGAGCCGCGGCAAUCGACGACGGCGGUCACGGACACGGUCACCGGCGCGGGCAUGUUCACGGACGCGAGCACGUUCACGAUCAUGGUCAUGUUCACGGUCGCGGACACGGUCAUCGCCCUCACGGUCACGGUCACGGUCACGGUCACGGUCACGGUCACGGUCAUGGUCAUCGCGCUCACGGACGCCGGCACGCUCCCAGACACGGACACCGGUACGGGCACGCAGACCGGCACGGUCACGAUCGCGCUCGCAGUCAUCGUCACGAUCGCGCUCGCGGACACCGGAGACACCGGCACGGCCGCCGACACGGAAACGGGCACUCUCACGGUCAAGGUCACGCUCACGGACACCGGUCCAGUCGAAGACACGGGCACCGGUACAAUCCAAGACAUGGACACCGCCACUGUCAAGGUCACAGUCGCGGUCACGGACACCUGUACAGUCAAAGACACCGACGCCGGCACGGGCACGAUCAAGGUCCCGGUCUACGCCUUCCCGAAGCGAGACGGACAGGCCGCCGUUCCCGCCGUCUUCCCCUGGCUCGUCUGA